GGGAUUCCGAUGUCGGCCUAGCAGGCGAGCUAAGUAGUUUGCUAGCGGCUAACUCAAGGAGGACCGAAACGACCCACACCCUACAGGCAAGACAGCUCGCUUCUUCGGUAUUAGGGGCAUCGAGGAACUUACCCACAGAGCCAAGGGGUGAAAGAAGACAGGCAGCCAAAGAUUAAAAAGGACUAAAAUGUAUCAAACUACAUAACAUCCACACUGCACAUGGCUUUCUUUAAGAGGUGCAGAAUGGGAAAGGAGGUCUAUCUGCAAAGAAUUUGGAGGUGGGAGAGCAGGCUACACCCAGACCCAGCCAAGUGCGGUUACACCUUGGUGACAUACUCUGGGCUUCUUUAUGGAAUGAGUUGAUUUUGUCCCCAUAUUGACACAGAGACUGAAGACAGGGGUCUCAAAAGAUCCAGGGGACUCUGCUUGGCCAUCGGACCUAUUUUAUUUGUAAAGGCAAGACGAGACAUCUUUUGUUUUGUUUUUUGUUUUUUUUAGCAGCUUUUUAAAAAAUAAAUUCCAGCUGGACUUUUCUUUGAUGUUAAGCAGCUUCCCACAACUGGCUUAAAAGUGAAUUUGUUUGUUUAGUUGUUUUCCCCUGCUGCUGACUUGGUUUGAAAUGCUGGAACUGUCCCUCCUGCCGUCAUCCUCAGUUUCUUCCACCCACCCAGUGCCUAAAUAAGCCCUCUCGGGACUAUCACAGAAGUCAUCAGCAGCUGCUGCUCUCAAUCCUCUGCCUGUUCUCCUCCAUGUGCUUCUGCUCUCGGCCUGCUGGCUCUCCACCCACUACCUCUUUAAUUUUCUGGUCUUUUCUCUCUAUAUUCAUUUUCUUUGAGAGCGAUAAUCACAGCUCAAGUAAUGUAAACACUGAGUUUCAGUAGUGGAGAGAAACCUAGACAGCUCCAGUGUUGGUUGUGUGCACAAGUGUCUGUCCUUUUGUGUAUAUGCACAGCAGUGUUACUGUUGCACUGGCGCCAAGGAGCAGUUAAAGAUUAGAUUUAUUUAUAUUGUUGCACCAAAUACAGUUAAGCCAUACAAAAAUAUUUAUGAAAUUACCUACAUGUAUUUUUGUAUCACAUUGCUCUUGUAUAGUUUUGCUUUUAUAAGCUUCUAUUAAGAUUAUGCAUACAAAUUAAAUAUUUACAUGCAAGUAGAGCUGUAUAUUGCUGUAUAAAAACAUCCCCUGGUUUUUAGUAAUUAAAUUAUUGCCGGGAGAUAUUUAGAGUCUGCGCACAGAGAAUCCCUCAUGUUUCCUUUCAGUUGCUGCUUUGCAUAGUGUUUGUUUUCUUUUCCAGUCUGUAGUCAUGGCCCCUCCUCCCAGACAAACACUGUAUUCUCCGUGUUGACUGGUAAAGGCCCCUUUACAGUAGGUAGACAGUAGAUAUCUACCUCUCUCUCUGUCUUCUUCUAUCUGUCUCUGAUGCCGGGCUUCAGUGGUGGGGGGGUUGGGGGAGGAGUAGGUGGCCCCGCUUCUGCUCCUCCCCGUCCGUUUCGACCCAGCCGAUACGUUCCGGUGUCUGCAGCCACCACUUUCCUCGUCGGAUCCACAACCCUCUUCUUCUGCUUCACGUGCCCGUGGUUGUCAGAGUAUUUCUCCUCUGUCAUUCCCAUCUACAAUGCCGUGAUCUUCCUCUUCACCCUCGCCAACUUCUGCAUGGCCACUUUCAUGGACCCUGGAGUCUUCCCCCGAGCGGAGGAGGAUGAGGAUAAAGAGGAUGAUUUCCGAGCUCCACUCUAUAAGACAGUGGAGAUCAAAGGCAUCCAGGUGCGCAUGAAGUGGUGCUCAACCUGCCGCUUCUAUCGCCCGCCACGCUGCUCACACUGCUCGGUCUGCGACAACUGUGUCGAGGAUUUUGACCACCAUUGUCCUUGGGUAAACAACUGUAUUGGUCGGAGGAAUUAUCGCUACUUCUUCCUCUUCCUAUUAUCUCUUACCACCCACAUCAUAAACGUAUUUGGCUUUGGCUUGGUUUAUGUCCUGCACCACCGCCAGCAGCUCGACACGCCACAUGCUGCUGUUACUAUGGCUGUGAUGUGUGUGGCUGGUCUGUUUUUUGUACCAGUUGCUGGCCUGACUGGGUUCCACAUAGUGCUGGUGGCCCGCGGUAGGACCACAAAUGAACAGGUGACAGGGAAGUUUCGAGGAGGCGUUAACCCCUUCACCAACGGCUGCAUGAGGAAUAUUUCACAUGUGCUCUGCAGCUCCCAGGCGCCCAGAUACAUGGGCCGGUGGCGAAGCCAACAGGCAGUGGAAGUACAGCCACCAUUUCUUAGACCGCCUCUUACUGAGGCCCAAUUAGAAGCCAAAAUCCUGGACAACGGCAUCCAGAAUGACCGACACAGCACCAGGUCCAAGAGCAGUCUAGAUCAGAUGGAGAGCCAGUCAGCUGAUGCAGAACCUCCACCUCCUCCAAAGCCGGAGCUUCGUUACCCCGGCCUGCCCCGUGCAGACACAGAGGAGAGCAGCUUGUUGACUGAAGCGCCACCUACGCCAUCAAUGUACAAAUACCGACCACCCUACAGCAGCCCAGGAAGGAACCACACGGCCCUCACACAUCCGAACAAGAUGAUCCGUGGUGAGAGCCUUGACUCUCCAUCUCCCUCCAUAUUGCAGUCCAGCCGCCAGCCCAGCUACCGCUCGGAGCCGAGCAGCCUGGACGGGGCCACAGUGGUGGGGGGAAGUGUAGGGGUGCGCAGAGGGGGAGUGGAGAGGGGUGAGGGCCCCGGAGGCCCUGGCGGGACUGCUGGGGGGGUGUCAGGGGGCAUGUCAGGCUACUCCCUGACUGGGCGUUCCUACACCUCCUACCCAUCCUCUCUGGUUCUGUCCACUGGCGGCUCACGCUCCUCCAGCCUGCGCUCAGCACACACUGCACACAACCCGCUGACUACGCUUCAAUCAGAGGGCACCACAGACACCAGCUACAAAAGCCUGGCCAAUCAGACGCCUCGAAACGGCAGCCUGUCCUACGACAGCCUGCUGACGCCAUCUGAGAGCCCGGAGUUCGAGUCAGCCGCCCAUGAGCUGUCGCCACAGAAGCCUCGCGCUCCCUUUCCCUCGGCGACUAUAACAGGCCAGCCUGAGGUGGUGUCUCCCAGUAGCCCGCUGCAGGGCUACACGUCGCCCUUCCUCUCAGCUCAGAUCGCCCAGCAGAGGGAGGGGCAGCUGCUCCAGGGCUCUGCCACUUUCUCCUCCCCCCAUAGGGCCUACCUGCGUGCUGUCAGCCCCCCUCCCUCCUCCUCUGGGCCUCCUGAGGCUCAGCACCUGCUCCAUAACCAGGACUUCUCUUCUUCCCGAGCCCCUCGUAACCCUUCCUCCUCGUCCUCUUCCCCUGGGGCUCGCUCACUAGAGCCCCCUGUCUCCCCGCCACCUCGUGGCCUCUCCCUGGGCAAGUCCCUGUCUUACACCGGGGAGGCAGGUCCUCAGCACAAGCCUCGGCCUGCAGGAGGAGGCACUGUGCUGGGAGGGGGAGGAGUCGGAGGAGGGCAACAGGCUCCACAAUCCACCUCUCGCCCAGUCUUGGCCAAUCACACCACAUCCAAACCAGGGGGAGGGGUGAAGAAGGUAACCGGCGUUGGAGGGACCACGUACGAGAUAUCGGUUUGAGUGACAAACAUCCCACAUGGUCUAUCACAAGAGGGGGAAAAGUCAUCGGACAACUUCCACUUGUCUCUUACCUGAGCUGGAUAUUAUUCAUGACUGCAGGCUCCGAAAAAAUGACUUUUUAUCUGCUGCAAUGGACUAAAGGAGCAGGCCUGUCUGGUACUCACUUUGUUAUCUUUGUAACGCCACUGGCCAUUGUUCUCUGCCAGCCUUUCAGAUUUGAACAAAGAGUAACUGGGGACACUGGUUCAUUUUUUCACUGGAUCAAUUGUCUCCAUUUUGCCACUUUGUGAGCCAUAGACUGAUGUGUAUCAUCACGGCUGGGUACAGAUAUGUCUAUAGAACAUGCAUAGCUUUUCAAUGAUUUGCUAUUUUACUUUGGUACAUUAGCACACAGAGUAUUGACAACAGUGUCCGACACUUAAGGAAAGGAUGGCCUUUAUCCGAUGGAUGUAAAAUUUCAAGAGGGAGGAUUUAGAACUGUUGACCAAUAGACACGUCUGAACGGACCACACAGCCUGUUUUACUGAUGAGAAUCACAGAGGGAAGGAUCCGACCUAUAAACACAGUAUCAUUUUAGUUUUAUAAAUCUUUUUUUAAAAUAUUGUUUUAUAUAAAUGUAUAAAAUCUAUCUUACAGAUUACUAUUGGGUCAAAUUGUCAGGUAUUGAAGAUGACUAUUGAUGAGGGUGGCAGAUGUACUGUAUGUAAUUAUUCAUGAAAGCGAUUUUAAAUCAGUUGCCUGUUUAUAUUUGAUGGCUGCAUCAGCCACUCACGAGUUCUUGCUGGAAUUUUCAUCAUGUAAAGAGAAUGAUGAUCCUUCGGUGGACAACUGAAGUGGCAAAGAAUGGAGCUUAAUUUUCGGAAAGCCACAAAGAAAUUUUGAUUCUCAUGAUUGCAGCACAAGCAUCUUUGUGGAAUGUACGCUUGUAAUGUUUAUGCUAGAGACAUUAUGCAAAAUCUGUUUGUAGCUUUAAAGUUCAUUGUAUGUCUUUUGGUGUUUAUUUUGUUUCUCCUUUUCUGUAAUGUUUUGUCUGUCAGUCAGUCAGUCGAGAUGCUAGCAACCUUAUACCUUUAACGGAUGGCCAGCCAAAUAGGGGCAGUGAGGGAAGGGCUUAUUUAUUUCACCAGACAAAACAACCUUGUAGUUCAGGACACUUUCAAAUCAGUCUCAGUUCUUUUUAUUUUUCAAGAGAGAAAACAGUAAGCAGGAAUAUUUUUUACAAAAAAAAAAAGUUUAUAAACAGAAAUUGUAGAUGCGAUAUGCCACUAAAUAGAUUAAGGAGGGAUUGGUUUGAAAUUGGAGACUGUGUUCAUUUGUUUUUGCCUUGA